AUGGCGAUUGGCACUGAGGAAGAUAAUACCACAGCUCGCACAUCAAUUGUUGGCUCUGGUAAAAGUAAGUUAGGUUUUGUUGAUGGAAGGUUUCCAAAGUCUAAAUUCGAACCAGAACUUCAUGAUCUGUGGGAAAAGGUUAAUGCUGUUGUGUUGUCAUGGAUAAUGAAUGCUGUAAGACCUGGUUUGUUGAGCAGUGUGCUUUAUGCAUCUAGUGCUCAUAAGGUGUGGGAAGAUCUAAAAGAAAGGUUCGACAAAGUAAAUGGCUCUAGAGUAUUGUUCCUUCAUAGAGAAAUGCAUUAUCUGACUCAAGGAACUAAGACUGUAGCAGAUUACUUCUCAAAAUUGAGAGAUUUGUGGGAUGAGUUUGAUGCUCUAAUGCCUUGCCUAGGGUGUCCAUGUCCUGAGUCCAAGCUAUAUGCUCAGCACUUUGAGGCCCAAAGACUGUUGCAGUUUCUCACUGGUUUGAAUGACUCUUAUGCACAAUCCAGGAGUCAAAUUAUGAUGAUGACUCCAGUGCCUACUAUCAACAAGUCUUAUUCACUUCUUGUUGAUCAAGAGAGUCAAAGAAAUCUAGCAAGCAUGGCUCAGGUUACACAGCUUGCAGAAGGCUUAGAGAGCACUGCCCUAUAUGGGAACAAAGGUCCAAAUGUUACCAGUGAAGGUUAUAGACAAAGAAAGAAUAAUGUUCAGUGUGACUACUGUCAUUAUAAAGGACACACCAAAGAAAAUUGCUUCAAGCUAAUAGGCUAUCCACCUGAUUUUAAGUCUAAAAGAAAAGGAAGUGCACCUGGACUUUAUGCUAAUUUUGCAGGAAAUCCAAGCUUUGCAGCAGAGGAAGAUCAUAUCAGUUGUGAAAAACAACUGAACACUGGAUCUUAUUAUCAAAAGGGAGUUACUUCAGCUAAUCCUACAACACCACAAAUGACACAGACACAACCAUUUUUCACUCAGGAGCAGUACUAG